AUGGCAGUAACAACUUGUUCUAUCAGUGGGAUCGAGAACCUUCUCGGAAAGGCAGGACUGGACACACCUAUCCCGGAAUACCCCGGCGCAGAUAUUGUGCACAACCCGCAGGACAUAUUCCGAGUUUACCUUGCCGAAACAAUACAAAAGCUCACAAAUUGCGAUAGACUGGUUGCCUAUGAUGCUAUUCAAACAUCCAACGUUACCGGAAUGGGGGACCUUGUGGUUGUUGCCCCAAGACUGAGACUUCAGGGUGUCAAUAAUGAGGACCUCGCAAAGGACCUUCUUCAAAAGUUACCAAGAACACCCCCUUUUGGAUGCCCCAUUCGAGACGGUAUUCGUCUUCAGGUCUUCUUCUCCCCAAACACGCUGCCUCGACUUCUUCUGUCGUACAUCAGUGAUAGAAGCGUAUCAUAUGGCUAUGAUACGUCUCUGGGACUUGCUGAUCCGGCGGCGCCUGAAGGGCGAAAGAAGAAAGUCAUCGUGGAGUACUCAUCUCCCAACAUGGCAAGCGAGUUCCAAGUGAAACACUUGCGCAGCACGCUUCUAGGCACCUAUGUGGCAAACAUCCAUGCCAGUAUGGGUUGGGAUAUCGUUAGGAUGAACUACUUGGGAGAUUGGGGUAAGCAAAUUGGUCUGCUUGCUGCAGGUUGGCAGCGGUUUGGCUCCGAAGAAGAGUUUGCGAAGCAGCCUCUUCGUCAUCUCCUUCAAGUGAAGCACAAAAUCGAAGAACUUUUCAAGCCAGAAAUGGAAAAAUGUAGGGCUAUGAAAGCGAACGACCAAGACACUUCGGAGAUUGAGUCGCAAGGCCUAUACGCCGAGCGUGAUGAUUUCUUCAAAAAGAUGGAAGACAAGGACCCGGAUGCCAUUGCAUUGUGGCAACGUUUCAGAGACGCUACGGUCAAGGAUUUGACAGGCUCAUACGCACGACUCGGAGUUACUUUUGAUGAAUACUCUGGAGAAUCGCAGGUUACUUUCGAGUCCAUCGCCGAAGUAGAACAAGCUUUGAAAGAGAAGGGGGUUUAUGAAGAGCACGAUGAUUCCUGGCAAAUCGACUUUUCGAAACACGAAGCAAAGGGGUUAUCCAUUGCUGUAUUGCGAUACAGAAACGGAACUACCUCAUAUCUUCUGCGCGAUGUUGCUGCAGUGCUCGACCGAUUCAAGGCACACUCGUUCGAUAAAAUGAUCUACGUCGCUGCGGUGGAGCAAGAGAUGCAUUUCAACCGAGUCAUCAAGACACUGAAGCUCAUGGGUCGUCAGGAUCUUGCCGACCGCAUCCAGCAUACAUCUUUUGCCAGGAUCAAUGGUCUUCCAGAGGAGUUGAAGGAUGCAGAGUUGUUGAGUGAUUAUCUAGACGGUUGUAGGUCCAUGGUACAGGCUGAUCUUGAAGGCGAAGAGGAUGAAACCUCUCAUAUUGAUAAUUCGGAGAGGUCAGUGGAUAUACUUGGUCUUGCUGGCCUGUUCGUUCAGGAUCAUUACCACAAACGCAACACGUCUUAUACAAGCGACGCAAAAAAGAUGGCACCCCUCGAAGGCGAAACGGGUGCAGCCAUUCAAAACUGCUAUGCCAGACUCUUGAAGAAAGUAGGAUCGGAAACCACCAACUUCGACUACGCAACCCUAGACUAUGCCUCAUUGGAAUCAGAGGACUAUGCCGAACUAUUGCGUAUACUGUUGCAGUACCCAGAUGCAGCACACAUUGAUCAGUUAAUGGUCACGCUUGAUGAUGACGAUGAGAAAGAUUGGACCGACCAAGAAUCUGCGAGCGAAGCAAGACUUGCUCUUUACGAAAAUGCAAGGCAAGUUUUGGAAAAUGCGUUGAAACUCCUUGGUGUCGCCCCUUGGAGUCUUUGA